UCAUCUGUUGGCGUGAUCAAAAAUACUUAUCAAUUUUAUUACUAAUAAUUAUAAUUGGACUUGGAACUUGAUUUUGUCCUAUAUAAUAUGAUUUGUUUUAAGCGUGGGCAGUAUAACAAAAUUAAACAAAGUGCUUUACGUACGCGGACAUCGACACAGUUGUGUUUAAAAGUUUAAAAUCCAUUUAGUCAUGGCAGUGCUAACUAAGGCGCAAAGCUUUCUUCUUGCUGUUUUAUUUGUUACUUUUGUAACAAAAACAACUGCCAAACCAGGGAACUUUUAUGAAUUUGGAAGUGAACCUCACGAAGAUAAAUGCAAAGAAGGUGAUUUAAAGGUGGUUGAAGUAUGCCAAAGGUGUGCAAAACAGACCAAAUCUCCAAUAGUGUAUCCUAUGUGCUGUGUAAAUGACGAUGAUGUAUUUAACUGGUGUGAAAGGUAUAUUAAUUAUGGCAAAAAAUCCAAAUGAAUUGUCAGGAUCAUAAACUAGUUUAAAGUUAUUUAUUACCAUCUUAUGAUUUAUGUUUGAUUUAAUUACUCCAGUCAUUUAAGACUUAAGAAUAUUGUUUGUAAAAGCUUCGCUUAUCUGUUACAACUGUUAAAAAGCAAUUAACUACAUACUUUAAACAUUAAAAAUUUAGAAGUGAAAUAUUUUACUUUCCAAAAAUUAUGUUUUAGCACAAUGAAAAAAUGUUUCACUUUGCAAAUAAAAAGUGACUUACAUUUUAAUAUGUGCCGAAGUUAUUUGUUGCAAAUAGUGUAGAAAAUUACAUGAAGAUCGUAGCACAACGCAACACAUAUACAUACGAUGUAGAAAUUUUUUAAUUUGUGACAGAUAAGUGAAACUUGAAUUGAUAUUUAGGCAAAUUAUUAAGAAGGAAGUUUUUAAAAUCUCUUUAAAAUUUUGUGAGUAUCCCAAAGAAAAAAAAUCCGACUAAGUUACGUUUCAAAAACAGUAUGAUGUAUAUUUUACUUGGCUGCCUAAUACUCCGCAGACUUUUUUGAAAUAAGAAAUCUUGUUGUUCGAUUUUGUAGCUUAACAAAGUGGAAUAAACAAUGAAAGUCGGCGCAAUAAUGAUAAAAAUGGCUGUGAUUUCAUAAUUUAAUGAAAAUUAUACGAAAUAUUAAGAUAUAUAUGUAACUUGUAGGUAUGUUUUUUAUAUUUUAUCUUUAUCUACUAUUUAUUUAUUUUUUGUAAAUAUUUUAUUAAAAAACUUUUAUAUUUAGAUGUA